AUGAUCAAUAAAGACGUGGCAAGAGUGAAAGCUGCCAACUUCAACUCAUCUCCAUUUACAAUGAGCAAACACAACAACGAUUGUCCAUUCCUACAUUGCAACAUGGCCGAGAACAUACUCUACAACGUGUGGUGGCGCGUGACAGACAUGGGCAACUACACUAUUCAACUUCAGCCCGUGCAGCCAAGCAAGGAACGGUCGGGCAAGCUUUUACAAUUGAUCGAACACCCGACGAGGUGGGUUUGUUACAAGGGGUAUGACUCGACCAAAAUGCCCGAAUUUAUGGGAAAAGGGGUUUCCCGCGGCUACAUGCGCGCGUUCGGGGCGGACAAAUCCAACAAUGUCGAAAAAUUGUGGAUGUGCUGCUGGAAAAAUGAUCGUCUCAGAGGACGCGCCUGGGUGGACAGGGUUCUCAGGGAUCUUGGGACAGAAUUGAUGGAUGAUGGCUUACAUGCAGUCGUGUAG